AUGUGCUCCAAGCUCCGCAACCACCGGACCAUCGGCGCCGCCGUGCGCCACCUCCGUGCUGAUAAACCCGUCCCACAUAUCCAAAAUCGCCAAUUACAUAACGGCCCCGAUACGCUUGAGGAGCUUCUCGACCGGCACCUGGUCAAAGACGACGGCCCGAAGCAUCUCAACGACGAUGAGAGCGAGCUCCUGAAUCGGCAGCGGCUCACCAGCACUCGCCGUGAGGCGCUGAGCCUCUACCGAGACAUUAUCCGGGCGACCCGAUUCUUCAUAUGGCCCGAUUCAAGGGGCGUCCUCUGGCGCGACGUAUUGAGGGAGAACGCGAGGAAGGAAUUUGAGCAGGCCCGGUUUGAGAAGGACCCGGAGGUCGUGACGCGGCUGAUCAUCGGAGGACAGGAGGCGGUUCAAGCGGCGAUCGAUAAGCUCGUGGAGAAGCAGAAGCAGCAGGUCGAGAAGGAGAGGAAUGAAGCCCGUUCAUAUAUGGAGACGACUGUUGUUAUUUGUUGUGUACAAGUCUGCAAUGAUCAAAUAGACGCCUCCUCGCAUGUCAACUUGUAUACGGAUGAGGCCUUCCCGUGUUAUUAGCUAACGUCGUUUUAUGUUUCUAAUGUCAUUUGUAUUUGGCUUUUGUCAUUCAAAUUAUUUAACUAUAAAAUUUGCAACUAAGUUUUUUCUGAAGCUACAUUUACUGUUACUCAUUCGCAACACAGCCGAGUGCCUAUGUAUGUAUGUAUGUAUGCGGACUGCGGUCAUGCUGUAGAUAAAAACCAUGAUAAAUAUGCUAAUGUAUUUAAUCAUAUAACC